GCAGCCGUGAUGCCUGGAGCUGGCACCUCGGAGUGGCGGAGUGCGCGUCUCCGAACUUGGAUCCCAUCUGCCCUUCUCCGUGUCUUCCCCGUGCCAUCCAUCCGGUCCCCAGCCACCCUCCGGGCAGCCACGCUUCCUCAGGCAGGCUUUCUCUUCCUCCUGCUGGUCUUGCUUUUCUCUCACGAGCAGCUAAUAAGGAUUCUGUUUGAUGCCAGUAGCGAUGGACAGCAGCAGUUUCAUUCAGUUCGACGUGCCCGAGUACAGCAGCACCGUCCUGAGCCAGCUCAACGAGCUCCGCCUGCAGGGGAAACUAUGCGACAUCAUCGUGCACAUCCAGGGCCAGCCGUUCCAAGCCCACAAGGCAGUGCUGGCGGCCAGCUCCCCCUACUUCCGGGACCACUCGGCCCUCAGCACCAUGAGCGGCUUGUCCAUCUCGGUCAUCAAGAACCCCAGCGUGUUUGAGCAGCUGCUGUCCUUCUGUUACACUGGAAGAAUGUCCCUGCAGCUGAAGGACGUGGUCAGCUUCCUGACGGCGGCCAGCUUCCUGCAGAUGCAGUGUGUCAUCGACAAGUGCACGCAGAUCCUCGAGAGCAUCCACUCCAAGAUCAGCGUGGGGGACGUGGACUCCGUGACCGUGGGCGCCGAGGAGGCCGCCGAGAGCCAGAACGGAGUCAAGGACGGCAGCUUCUUCGCCAACCCGGUGGAGAUCUCCCCGCCCUACUGCUCCCAGGCGCGGCCGCCCCCGGCCGGCGGGGACCUGCGCAUGGAGACCACGCCCAGCAAGGCGCUGCGCGGCCGCCUGCAGGAGGAGGGGCACUCGGACCGCGGGAGCAGCGGGAGCGUGUCCGAGUACGAGGUGCAGAUCGAGGGGGACCAGGAGCAGGGCGAGCUGCUGGUGCGGGAGAGCCAGGUGGCCGAGGUGAAGGUCAAGACGGAGAAGUGCGACCGGCCCAGCUGCUCGGACAGCUCCUCCCUGGGGGACGACGGGUACCACACCGAGCUGGUGGACGGGGAGCAGGUGGUGGCCGUCAACGUGGGGUCGUACGGCUCGGUGCUGCAGCACGCCUACCCCUACUCCCAGGCCGCCUCCCAGCCCCCCGGCGUCUCCGAGGCCUUCGGGAACUUGAGCAGCUCCAGCCCGUCGCGGUCCAUGCUGAGCUGCUUCCGGGGCGGGCGCCCCCGCCAGAAGCGGGCGCUGGCCGUGCACCUGCACAGCGACUUCCAGGGGCUGGUGCAGGGCUCCGACGGCGACGCGCUGCUGGGUAACCCGGGGUACGAGAGCAGCCCGCGCGAGAGGGGCGUGCGGGGCCACUGGUACCCCUACAACGAGCGGCUGAUCUGCAUUUACUGCGGCAAGUCCUUCAACCAGAAGGGGAGCCUGGACAGGCACAUGCGGCUGCACAUGGGCAUCACCCCCUUCGUGUGCAAGUUCUGCGGGAAGAAGUACACCCGCAAGGACCAGCUGGAGUACCACAUCCGCGGCCACACCGACGACAAGCCCUUCCGCUGCGAGAUCUGCGGCAAGUGCUUCCCCUUCCAGGGCACCCUCAACCAGCACCUGCGCAAGAACCACCCCGGCGUGGCCGAGGUCCGGAGCCGCAUCGAGUCCCCCGAGAGAACAGAUGUAUACGUGGAGCAGAAACUGGACGGCGAUGCCUCAGCCGCCGAGAUGGCCCUGGACUCCCGCAUGGAAAUCCACACGGUGUCCGACGCGCCCGACUACGAGGGUGAAUGUGUGCACCCAGACAAAGCACAUUAGUCGAGGCAGAGUUGUGAUCUGCUCUGGUUGGUGUAAUCCUGGGUUUUCCCGGCCAUCUGGAAAUCUCUGGGUCUCUUGGCAGUUUUUCUAAGGUUUCUGGAAGGAACACUUUGUAGUGUUUAUCCUUCCCCGCCCCCCCGCCCCCUCCCCGCAGGAGCUCCGUGCACGCAGGGCUGCGUAUCCAGGGAAAACUUGGUAGGCUGACAGGCCCUCUGGGGCUGAACCCCUCAUCCAAAGCCCGCCGGUGGGUUGGCGACGCCAGCUGGUCGCCCCGACCCGCUCUGCCAAGAGGCACGCUCGCUCUCUCUGUGUCUGCGUUGGCACCGAGCGUUUCCAUGGAGAGAAACUAGGGUUCCAUCAGCCGAUACAAAUGGGUAACCUUUUCUAAUUUAAAUUGACUUUUAAGGAUAGUUAGACAAUUUAUAUAUAUAUAUAAUAAAGUGAUUAUUAUAUAUAUGGUAUAUAUACAUUCUCAAAUUUGAUUUUAUUCUGGUUGAGGUGAAUGUAAGAGGAAUAUAUAAUUUAAUACAAUGUGAACAGGGCUUUUUGACUCUGUCUCGACCUUACCUAAUGCGCUAGGGUUUUGCCCCUUUAUUUCCUUUACGAAAGAAUGUUCAUAUAGGUUUUCAUAUAUUAUUAAUAACCGUGUCCAAAAGCAAGCAAAGCAAAUCACAGUGUUUCUAGCUGUGCUUCAUAACAAACACAUAAACCAAAUGCCAUAAGGUGUAUUUAACUCUAGUUGGAAACCAUUUGGAAUUCCUGUCGGCUGUCCAGGGAGUGAGCCGGAUGGCCCGUGGUGCUGACCUUCUCACCUAGCGCAGUUCUCUUAGCCAGCCCAAAGGAGCAGCGCUUCCCCGCGUUCUCACUGGCCACGAAUCUACCUUCAUUCCGUACUGUAGAAACAAGCAGACCAGGUAACUCAGUCGAAUCACCCUCCCGGGAGUUCGGGCCCGGCAUUCAGGAGAGGGGCUCGUAGCGCCGGCUACAGACUCUCUGAGCAGUGUUGCGGCUCGCGUCUUCCUUCUUCCUCUCUCCAAACAGCCAGUUCAGGUGCACAGCAACUUUUUCUAUACGCGGUUCCCAGGGAAACUGCAGAACUCGGAAUUUGUACCUUUUUUUGUAAAGAUAGACUCUAUGGGAAUUGCAAGCAAUAUAUCUCAGUAUCGUGUGUGCUAGCGAGAGCCGCAGCGGCUCCCCGCUCUGUUUCCUGCUCCAAGGAACCAACAGUCCCCACGCCCUCUCGGCCACUCGGCGUGCCCCGUCUCUGUGUGUCCCCGUCUCUCGGGUCACGUGGUGCUAUUUUUUUAUGUUCCGUAUCCUCUUAGGUCAGUACAGUCGUAGAAAAUGUGAAACCUAAUGGUAAUACUGAAUUACAAUUCUCUGCUCUCAAGCUCAGAGCUUGAAAGAGACCUCAAAAGCCUGUGCCGGCGAACACGGCUGCGACCCCUGCCCAGAGCCCCCGGCGGAGGCCUGACGGCAUCGCAGGAAACGUCUGCGGCUCCAGCCACGGGGGGACGGCGCAGCCGCGGUGCUGCCGGCCCGGGCUGGCCCAGCUGCGGUGUCCGCAGAGCCCUGGGCCGCAGGUGGUGGGCUGUCGGCACCCCCGCCCCCGGCUGGAGAACCUCGGCUCUCGGGCUCGCCACCAGGGAGCACCCCCCCCAGAGCAGGCAGCCUCAGGGGCUCGCGCGAGCACCCCACGUUAGCCGGCUCUUAAAAUACCAAGAAGGGGGGGUUAUUUCUGAGUUUUGUUUUUUCGGUGGUUUCUUUUGGUUUGGGGUGGGGGCGGGGGGGUGUUGAAGAAAAGAACUCAUUCAGGCCCUUGUGUGUGCGUGCCCCGGGCGGCGGCUGUGCCGGAGGGCCCCCCCCCCCCCCGCCCCCGUGGCCGCCACCCCCACAUCAGUGUUAGGCCAGCUCAGAGCUGCCGCUCGGAGCUGGCCGAUCGGGUAUAUGGGAUGCCUUUCUCCUGUGACUGCCUACGGCGGCCGCCCCUCCCGGGAGCCCUCGGUGGCCCUGUCCCAGCCGAGUGCCUCGGGGGAGGCCGGACCCCACGUGUUUACCCACUUAAAAGUCUUCUGGGGUUUCAGGUAAAUGUUUGUGAUUAAGUUUUCAUUUCUUCCUUACAUGAAUACUUUGGUUUUGAUCUUUCUUUCUUUCUUUUUUUCUUUUUAAGAGUUAAAUGCAAAAAAAAAAAACCUUUUUUUUUUUUUCUAUUGUAAUACCAAUUUAUCUUGUGACAAGAAAAUGUCCAGAGUCAGGCUCAGGGAAGGAACCUCCUUUUCCCUCAGGCUGGGAGGUGCCGCCCCUGAGGUUCCUUCCAGUAGUUCUGUGAUCUUCCAGCCAGGGGGAGGAGCGCUAGCGCUCGGGGCCGGCGCCCGGCGUGUCCUGGCUCUCGUCACCGUGUCUGUCUGAGCCUUCUCUCCGUGGCGUUCUUUGUGUUUGUCCAUUUUGCUUCACUGGUUUGAGUUUACCAAAGAGUGACUUAUCCAAAAUUGUCUUUGACAAAACUAGACAUUGCUUUGAUUGUACAGUUCAGGUUCAAACAUCGCAAGGGUACUGUUCCGGGGCAGGAAAUCCAUGGCGUUCCUGAGAGCCAGAAUCCCACACUGGGCGCGUCCCCCGUGCUCUCCCUCCUGUUGCUAACCCUCCCCCCCUCCCCACUGCUCGCAGUGCAGUGCCGAGAGGGGGUUCUCAAGCCAUAACCCAGUACUGUAAGGCUCGUGGGCCUCCCAGGGCCCAGCGGCCUCCCGGGGCGCGCUUCCUGCCUGCCCGUCCGCGCGCGCAGGGCGGGCAGAAGACGAGCCCCAUUCCCAUCGACCGGGCGGCAGCGGUUCAUUGUGCCUUGUCACGCGAGGGGGUGCCAGGAGGCCCCCCGCCCCGGGCCGCAGAACCGAGCCGUUCUCGCGCGUCUAGCUGGCAGGCGGAGUGCGCUGCGUAAGUCCCGAGUAAGAACGGCCCUUCCGGGAAAAGCCAAGUCCCUAUUCCUGUACAGUUUUAGGUUCCGUGUUCAUGUCUGACAGAUGCAGAAAAGUCAGCGGCAGAGCAGAGUGACGUGUGAAGAACUCUGACAGUGAAAUCUCCCUCCCGGGCUCCUAGGCCCUUCCCGGCCGAGUCCCCUGGGCUCCCUGCGGGUCCGCCCACAAUGUGAAGACAGCGCAGCCGCCUCCUCCCCGGGUGUCGAACCUGUUCUUGCAAACUGUGAAGACAAAGAAUUUUCUACUUUUUGCUAACAUGUGUGGUUUUAAACACCUUCUCUCCAUUCUGAUCCGUUCUCUCUCCUCUACUAAAGCUGUAAAUACAUUUAAAAAUUAUAUUUGUAAAUACCACGUAGGGGAACAAAUUCAUGUUUGGGUUGGCGAGGAGUCUCCAGUUGGCUCUGCCUGGGCAGGUGUUUUUGGUUUUUUUUUUUUUCUGUUUUUUCUUUUUUUUUUUUAAUUUGUUUUUAACAGCAGAAAGGAUACUGUCGGUUCACUGUUAAGCAGAAUAUACUGUAGGACUACAUUGAUCAUUCUUCAACCUUCCAAUGCGCGUGGAGACCUCUUUCUGAUGCUAGUUCUAGCUCAGUCUUUGUUUUUUCCUUCACCCAGACCAUAGGCCUACAUAUUGUGUGUGUGUGUGUGUGUAUCUGUGUGUGUGUGUGUGUGUGUGUGUGUUGUUUGUCUGUUUUACAGACUCUUGGAAGAACUUGCAGGAACACAAAACAAGGGCUGGGGGGCGGGCUGGGGGGGCGCAGAUCAUCUAUGUGAAUGAGCUUUACUUUAAAGAAAUUCGUGUAUUUUAUUUGAACAACUUUUUCUAUUCAUACUGUGAUUUUGUUGUUGUUUUGCUGUUGUCGUCGUUACUGUUCGAUUCUCUAAGGGUUUCCUGUGAUGCCUCCACUGAAAGGGACUCAAAUAUGCAACACCUAAACUAUUUUCCAGGGGCGCACGCCCUUGAAUGGUGCUUCUAGACUGGUCAGGGUUAUUUAUUAAAUUUUAUAUAUGAAAGUAUUGGGGAAUUAUGUAAAUUCUUUAUAUGAAACUAUCUAGUUCAUAAUUCUUAGAAAACUCAUAUUACUCAGUGCAGCUGAACCGAAGGUUCGGAAGAGUCAUUCACAUUGUUCCCAGUUUGUCACGGCUGCCCCCGUCCAUCCCCGCCCUGUCGUCUUCAGGACGCCCAGCGGGGGUGGCACUGCCAAGGCCCAGGGCCCAGCGUCCCGGCCUGGGAGGGACCUGCCCCUCGGGGUCCGCGCACACACGGGGCUCGGGUAGUUCUGCACCGAGGCUGGAGUCAGCCCGGCCGCCAGCUCUCUGACCAGACCUACCGCUGGCCCUCAGGGACAAGUAUGCUGUGAAGCCAGCCCCGGCCUGGCCGCCCGGGGUGGCCGCCCUGACCCAGGGAGAGAGGAGGGGCCCGGCUCUCGGAGAAGGCCCGUGUUCCUAAUGUGAAACCGUCUCUCCCCACUGUAACCCGUCGGGCUAACCUUCCUUCCGUUAGAAAUGGUUUGAGCAAUUUGAAUGACUCGACACAGUGUCAUGACCUUGCAAUAUAAACUGGUAACCUCACGACGCCACACUUCAUCCCCGUGAAGUAAAUGAAGCUAGCUAAGCGGAUGCUGUCCCAACUAGUAACUUGCCAUUAAGGAUUAUUUUAUAGCAUGGAUUUAAGACUAUUUAUUCAAAGGAUAUUUUACUCUCGUACUCAUUUUGUUCUAGAUUCGUGACAUGAAUAUUUCAGUGCUGCUUAAUUUUGUUCGGAAUUCUUGUUUCUUGCUUGUAAAUGGCUUUUUUAUGGUAUCAAUAAAAGUCCAUGGAAAUUGCUGUUUGUAAAUAAAAAUGCUGCUGGA